AAGCUUCAUGAGGCUUCCUGUAAGGCACCCGCUGUGGUAACAAAUGGAAAAUUUCACUGGGCAAUUCAAAGAAGAGAGAGGCCCUUGAAUGAGGAGACGGAGGGAUGAGCGACAGAAACAGAUAGAGAAAGAGGGAGGGAGAUAGUAAUGUGUGAGUAGAAAGACAGAAGAGAAAGGAACACUUCUAAACUCGUCAGUCCAGCAGACAAGACAACAAUGUGAUUCAUCUCGGGGACCCCCUGCUACCCGACUGACCGAGACUCAUGAGUCAUAUUGUUGUCAUCACCAUGAAGAUCCUGCUGUCCCUUCACGUCCUGGUAGUUCUGUUUUCACUGCAUGCAGCCAACUUUCACAAAGGCUUGAGAGGACUCUCUUGUGUAAAUGACUACAUCAGCAAUGUCAGCUGCACAUGGGACAGCUCUGCAGCGGCUCCCGGUGCGGACUGCUGGAUCUUUGGUGUGCAGUCAACAUGGGCCAACAUCGACAGAGUUAAGGAAGAAAUUAUUCGAAGCUGCAAGCUGAAAAAGCACAUUAACUCUUCUCCAGGCUGCAGUCUUUUCUUUGAAAAUAAAAAAUUUAACAGUUUUAACGUCAUGGCCUACAUCCGUGUGGAGUGUAACGGCACAUUGAUGGAGAACAUCACAAACUACUCUCCAUCGGGCCACAUAAAAAUGCAUCAUCCAGGAGCUCCUAAUGUCAGCAGCACAGCCAAUGAGACGAGUAUAUCAUGGCGUCCAGGCAGUCCUCCCUCCACCUUUUUAAAAUCGUUUAACUUCGAAAUACAGAUCAAACAGAAACACAAGACUUGGAACGAGGCAAUUAUUCUGUUCACAACAGUGAGAGAGGAAAGGAUUCCUGCUGGGAAACUAAAGGGUCACUGUGAGGUCAGGGUGAGAGUCAAACCUGUUUGGUCAAACAAACCUGUUGGGUACAAAAGCCACUGGAGCAACUGGAGUCCAACGACAUCCUGGAUGGUGGCGACAAAUGUGGUGGAAACAUCAGAGAAUGAAGCUCGGCUUCUGAAUCAGACCAAACUGAUAAUGAGGGGAUUGAUUUUGGGCUUCUUCCUGGGUCUCAUCAUUUUAGCGAUGGUCGUUUACAGGAGUUGUGCGAGCAGGGGGCUCCUCAAAGGGAAGCCGGUUCCAAACCCUUCCAAAUACUUCCACAGUCUCCAAUCUGUCCACGGAGGAAAUCUAAAGAAUUGGUUGAAUCCUCCGUCAGUGUCUGAGUCCUUCUUCACGGCGCAGCCUCUUGACCCCAUCUCCCCGCUGGAGGUGUGUGAAAGCUGGGAUGUCGUCGCUUCCACCUCCCCCUCCUGCAGCUCCACCAGCGCCCUGCUCCACUGCAGCAGCCACCCCUUGGCCGGCUCAGGCUCCUGUGGCGUCGUUGAUAAAUCCUCUUCCUCCUCUUCGUCCAGCUUCUCCAACAUGGGAUACUUCGUUUCCAGCUCCUCCGGCAGCAGCUCGGUUCGAACUGCCCCUAACCCCGCAUACUUCACCUAUACGGAGGAUUUUCACAACCGUCUUCACCUCACCCUCUUUCCUGCCCCGGAAACCUCUCCAAACUACGAGAGCUUAAAGGAAGAGCCGCAGAGCCCAGACUCCGGAUUCAGCUUUGGAAAGGAAGAUGAAGACAGCACGGAAGAUCAGGAGUUCGUGGAAGAAGACGAGCUUUUUGAUUAUCCUCCUCCUCUUCUUACUCUCCCUCUCCACCUUCCUUUGUGGAUGUGCCCCAACUUCGCUGCUACAACCCAACCAAGUCCUACUCCGAUUUCCCCCGAAAACCAGCAGCAGGUGGAUGAACCUGCAGCUGGGGAUGAUGGCAGCUGGCCUACAGCUGGCGCCAUGAGCAGGUCUUCCUCCAUGCCUGUAGAGCCCUGCAGAACCGGGUACAUGACCCUCAAAGAGCUGCAGACAACAUUCAGCAAUAAAUCCAUCUGAACACUUUUCAGAAUCUGAAUCUGAAUCAGAAUUCAUUUAUUUGUCAUUUCCGCGAGGAAAUGUACAUUAUUAGCAUACAGGAGUGUAGCGUGCAGAUAAAGUGAAGAGAAUAGACUAACAUGUUUAAAAAGUAGGCAAAAGUGACCAAAUAAUAUGAAAGGUAGAUGUUUUAAUGUAUCUGGAAGAUUCUCUGACUGAUGGUUUAUCCUAAUGUGAUGUGAAAGCGAGCGCCUAUUGUGCAUUUUGACCAUUUACAAGAUUUUUACCUUUAAAUUCAAAAAUCAUUACGAGCGACACUGGCUGACUGAUCAGUGCUCUUAAGUCUAGAUAAGCAACCCUCUCAAAUGACAUAAAUACAUAUACACAUAACAUAAAGCUGCUUCACACUUUUGCUGUACUUGUAAAAAACAUACAGUUUACUUUGCUUAUGAAACAUUAGUGUGCAGGAGGUUGGUAUAAGAUGUAAAAGCGUGUCCUUUUUAUUUGACCCUCAGCAAAUUGUAAAAGUUUGAUGGAAUAUGCCUCACAAAUGAAACUUGUGCCCCUUUUAUAUUGUACUUCUUAUAUAUAGUUUUAAACAGUAGUAUUCAUGUUUUCAUAAGCCCGCUUUUCAAAUAAAUUCAGGCAAUUCAAGUUGAAAACAUGUUCUAAAAAAUCCAAAAGAAACGGAUCACUUAUCUACAUAACAAGCUAGAAAUAGACCCUUCAUUUUUCCCCUUAACAUAAGUCAUCUGAAGCUCCUGAUUUAAGGAAUGAGCUGCUAACACUUUUUUUUAUAACAGAUAAAUGAAACCCUAAGGAGAGCUGUGAUGUAGACUGUUUGUUUUCUUUAAGUGUAUUCAGUAUCAAGCAUUAUUUACCUGAAUUCGAUUGAUUUUCUGUAUGUGUCUCUGGUUGAAAAAAGUGUGGACACCCCCGGUCUCUGGUAUGAGUGAAGACAGGGGUUUGAGAGAAAGUCUGAAAGUACCGGGUUUCAUGAACAGCUUGACUGAUAUUUAGAAUAUAAUGUGUGCGGACGGAGCCAGAUAUGUAAGAGCAAGUACAAAUCAUCUGUUUAUACACAUACUGUGCUGUCUGAAACUGCUGCGAUAUUAUCUAGCUGACAUAUAAUGCACGUAUUAAAGUGUGCGAUACCUCAUUGUUGAAUGUGUAAAACACUGUGGGACUCCUACAGUAUUCUCCUUUCAUGCAUUUCAAUUAGCUUUAUUGUAAGUGCUAUAAUACUUAUCAAUUAGCAAAGCAAAGUAGGAAAGUAGACUUUAAACUAAAUGUUAUUAUCAGUUAUAAAUGCAGAAACAAACAAAAACAUCUUCUUUUAGUUUGCUUUAACUUCAGCCGAACAAAGACGUGUGUUUUUUAAACCUCUUGAAAGCGACUUAUAUCAUCGCAAAAUAUAAACCCUUCAUUCCUGCAGGCAGAUCUGGGAUUUUGAAAGCAGUGAGAAGUGAUUAAGAUGUGUUUUCAUUCUGUCAAUAAUGACAUUUUACUUUACUGAGCGUUGCUUUAGAGUCUAAUUGGCUUUAAACAGUGAUGUCUGUUAAAGAUAUAAAACUGACCAACUACAGCAACUUCUUUACGCAAUUCACACAUUUGUAUGUUUUUACUGUCAAAAAGGCAGCUGGUUUGCCGCUGAUGUGUUUGUUUUUCCAUCUCAUUUGUUUGUAUAUCUUAUAAAUGAUUUCAUGCUGUUUAAUAAAUUGAAGAAAUCCCUAAUUAA